AUGGAGAUGGAGACGGAGAUGAGCACCCUUUUUGAUCCUAUGGUGGGGUAUGACAACAAAUACUCAAUCAUGCAAAAUGUUUAUGGUGUAUCACAUAAUGGCAUGAUUCAUAGCCAACUACAAGCAGUCCCCAUGAAUGAAGUGCCCAGUUAUCCAAAUAUUGGGCACCCACAAGCAUUUGGUGCUAGAGCUUCAUCCAUGCCACUGUUGCCUGACAGUCUGCUCGAGUCUAGAUACAUUGAUGAAUCAACUAUCCAUCCAGACGACUUGUACAACUUGAAGGCAUUUGAAAGAAGUCUCUACGACACUUACCAAAGGCAAUUCCCACCUGUAGAGAAUUUUUAUCCCUAUUUGGAGUAG